CCCUUCAGCAAGGUGGUAAAGCUGCAAUAUUAUUUCAACAAGCAUUAAUAAUCAGGUUUUAGACGGUCUUUGGAAAAUUAUUGACUGAAACCUGUUUCGUUAUAGUUAUGUCUACGCGUCCGAUAACAUGAUAAAUCCGACGGAGCCGUUUUAACGUUUGUUAUAUAAAUUCAAGAUCACAUUUUAGACAUCUGGAAGCCCUCAGUCAGUUGUUUACUUCCUCAAAUGCAAUUCUUUAGAUUUAUAAGUUAAUAUCACGCUGGUAAUCGCAACAAUAGUUAUUUAAAUUUCAAAUUGAUUUUUUAGUCUGGUUUGUAGUAGAAAAACUACUAAAUUGAAUGUCGUUUGCGACGUGAGCUUACUACAAAAUGUAAAAUAUCAUCAUAAUAAAGCACUUUUGCCGUGAAACAUUCAUGCCGAAUUUAAGGAUGCCUUCAUUGAAUCCAUAAUAUCUUCUAAAAUAGUACUUAAAUUGACAUUUAAUUUUGCUAGGCAUAAAAACAUUUAAAAUCAUAGUUUUUUUGAAUGGACUUUGGCCGAACGUUUCUUCCGGAUCAGAGAGGAUUAUGUGCCAAAGCCAAGUCAUAUCGAGCUUACAUUGUUUUGCCACAUAGUGAAUCUUCUAAACAAAUCCGCUCACACAAUGGCUUUCAGGAGAGCGACAACCCUUCUUCAGUGUGGAAAGGAGUGUGUCUUUAGUCUAUGGAUAACUCAUUGUCAGAAAUCACCAAAUGUCAUGAGGAAACCUGUCAGUUUUUAUGAAUACUCCAGUAAUCACUGUGGCAGAACUACAAGAACUCUUCACACCGGUACACCUUUGUUGGUGGCUAAGUUGCUGUCUGUGGAUGAGCUUUUUGCCAAGAAGUCUCUGCAGGAAUACCUGAAGAACAUGGAGACAGAGUACACUGAAUGUUUGAGAGCGACCACCAGCAGUGAGACAGAGGAGCAGAGCAGUGAGGACGAACUGAGGGCCAAAAGGACCAAAGUGUCCCUGCUGGCUCCUCUCAUCCAAAGCAUCAAAGAGCUGGACACCAAACAGAAAGAGAUGGCUGAGACCGAGAUGCUCCUGAAAGAUGAAGACCCAGCCCUGCGAGAACUGGCGGAGCUGGAAAGUGAAGGAUGUUUGCAAGAUAUUCAAGAUCUUCGACAAAAGAUCCUGGACCUGCUGAUCCCUGAGGAGGCGGCGGAUAUGAGCGACCUCGUUCUGGAGGUUACGGCCGGUGUCGGGGGUCAGGAGGCCAUGCUGUUUACUGAUGAGGUGUUUGACAUGUACCAGGGCUUCGCUCAGCACCACGACUGGUCCUUCGACAUCCUGGAGCACAUGACGAGUGAAUUAGGUGGACUGCGUCACGCCUCAGCCAGCAUCAGUGGCCCUCAGAGCUACAAGAGGAUGAAGUUCGAGGCUGGAGUCCAUCGAGUUCAGAGGGUUCCCAGGACUGAAAAACAGGGCAGAAUGCACACCAGCACCAUGACUGUGGCUGUACUGCCCCAACCCACUGAGAUCUCUUUCACGCUAAACUCAAAGGACCUGAGGAUAGAAACUAAGAGAGCGAGCGGAGCUGGAGGCCAACAUGUGAACACCACAGACAGUGCAGUCAGGAUUGUCCAUCUGCCGACAGGUGUGGUUGCAGAGUGCCAGCAGGAGCGUUCCCAGAUAAAGAACAAGGAGAAAGCCAUGAAGGCUCUGAGAGCGAAACUGUACAGCAUGAAGCUCGAGGAGGAGACCAGCAAACGCUACAACCAACGUAAAAUACAGAUUGGCACAAAAGGCAGGUCAGAGAAGAUUCGGACGUACAACUUUGCCCAGGAUCGUAUAACAGACCACCGGAUCGGCAUGACGGUUCAUGACAUCAAGAGCUUCCUGCUGGGUGAAGAUCUGCUGGACGAGAUGAACUCCUCACUACAGGAGUUCUCCAAUCAGGAGACGCUCGCAGAACUGCUGGGAGAAAUCGACUAGGAGGGCUCAUGAGUUUGGAUCUGAGGAACCUGCAUUUUGAUGAUAUGGAAACUUUUUUCUACAUGGUUUAGCAAAGUAAUGAUGCUGUAAUGUUGGCCAUUCCUACUCGGCUCCUGGCAAACAACAUCUAGCCUUGUGCAAACACAUUUCCAGGAAUGACAAAAGUGGCUAAUAAAAUGACUCUACAAUGGAGUGAUGGUAACCUCUUAUAUUUUAAAUUGAGCUUUGAUAAUAGUAAUGACUCAUUAGUCGACCAUGUGCACCAACACCGGAGUUUCUGUUCCCAUUUAUUCAGCAGCAGUAUCUCUCAGACGCAGACGUGUUGUGCUAUAGAGCUUUUAUUGAACAUCCACAGACUUUGCAGCUUCUUCAUAUAUUUAAAGAGUAACAGUAUGUGUUUUGCUUAUUCAUUUAAAAUGUGUGUGUGUUGCCUGAUCUUGAACAGCUCAUGUAUGCUCUUAAGCUGUAAGUAUGUGGACACCCAAACACUGCCCUGAAAUAUGAUGAAAAUUUGCAUAAAUUUCCUGCUAUAACAGCAUCCACUGCUCCAGGAUGCUCUCCACAAGAUUUUGGAAUAUGACUGCAAUGAUGAUGUGCUCCCAUUCAGCCAAAGGAGCAUUAGUAAGGUUGGGCACUGAUGUAGGGUGACAUGGCCUGAAUUGCAGUCGGUGUUCCAGUUCAUCCCAAAAGUGUUGAGUGGAUGGGGUAAAGUUAAGUUGUGCACGCUAAUAAAGUUCUACUACAGCAAACUGGAUUGUUUUUUAUGGAUAAAUUUGCAGAUUAUUUUCAUAAUCAACUAAUUGCUUGGUCCUUAAAAUGCCUGAAAACAGUGUAAAAAAGUCCAUGUUGACUCAGUUGUUUGUUUGCCCAAGCAACAGCCCACAACCCAAAG